UGCCCCGAAAUUCAACCUUGCCCGACCCUUUUCACCCUCACCACUACGCCUCCACGGCCAGUGUUUGGUCGCCAUAACCAUGACGACGGGCGGCUGUUGCCACCUGCCUGGCUCUCUGUGUGACUGCGCGAGCAACCCCGGUGUGUGGAAGAGCGUGGAGGAAGCCGGCGGCGACGGGUGUCAGGCGCUCUACGUCACCCAGGUCACAGCCAUAGACGGACGGCUGCUCUCAUCUGUUCUCAAACCCAUGAGCACACAGAGUGAUGGUCCCAUCUGCCGUAUUUGCCACGAAGGAGGCGGCAGUGAGACUCUGCUGUCUCCGUGCGACUGCACAGGCACCCUGGGCACGGUGCACAAGAGCUGCCUGGAGAAGUGGCUGUCAUCUUCCAACACCAGCUACUGUGAGCUCUGCCACACGGAGUUCAACACGGAGCGCCGGCCGAGGCCUCUCACAGAGGUAACAAAGUGGCUGCAGGAUCCCGGCCCUCGUAACGAGAAGAGGACGCUGUUCUGCGACAUGGUGUGUUUCCUGUUUAUCACGCCCCUAGCAGCCAUUUCAGGCUGGCUGUGUCUGCGGGGCGCUCAGGACCAUCUUCAGCUGGGGAGCUGGCUGCAGGCCGUGGGCCUCAUAGCCCUCACCAUCGCCCUCUUCACCAUCUAUGUCCUGUGGACCCUGGUGUCUUUCCGCUACCACUGUCAGCUGUACUCCGAGUGGAGACGAACAAAUCAGAAAGUACGUCUGCUCAUCCCCGAAGCCAAGGAGUCUAAAUCUUCCCAGCAUUCCUUGCUCUCUGCCAAACUGAUGAAGAAGUCUGCCAAUGAGAGUAUAGUAUGAGACCAAAUUGGAGAUGGUUGAUGAGGAGGACGAUGGUGUCUUGUUAUGAGCAGGGGGCUGAUUGUUGCCUGCCAGCCAGCCUUUAAAAAAAAAAAAAAAAAAAAAGCACUUGCUGUUGCUUUUUUCCGAAAAGAAAAAAGUCUUUGCCCCAUCAGUACUUAAUUCACAUCACUUUUUAAACAUAAAUCUGUCCCCUUGUGGGUGCAGACAUGAGCACAUCUGGGUGUUGACCAAGCAAAGGCACUGCGGAACCUAACAGCACAUGUGCAGAGACCGUUACAGAGACAAAGGGAACAGUCGCAUCAUCAAAGAUACGAUGAUGACAUUAAAUAUCCGAGACAGUAGAAUGAGAAAUGACCAAACUAACUUGUUUAGUGGACUGUGAAAUGUUUUAAUUAUUCUUUCAACGACCCAUCGAUGGUCCUCGGAUGACAGAGGAGUGCAGCAGCUCCAUUCAUUGUCCCGCUGCGAUGAUGAAAGUGUGUAAACUGCUAGAUACUCGUCAUAUCUCGGCAUGCCCUUACCUACAUAGGCCUUGCAUUCUCAGCACAACGUUUGCCCGUCGGGGAGCUCUUUCCAGCAAUUAUUGUCUGAUCCCGUGUUAAUCCGUAAAGGAUUUUUUGAUUUCAUCACAAUCCAGAUGCCAGUAAUGCUGUUUGAGAUGAAAUGUUAAUUUAGCACAAGGCUAUUGGACUUUCUUUUUGUUAGUUUUUUUUAUCCUACAUCUGUUUUUUUACAUCUCAACCAAGAGUGGAUGGCAGCACAGCAUUAGGAAAGCCAGAGAUAAGAGUGCAAUAAAACACUGUGGACAUUGAGGUCUUCACAGCACAUGAAGACUCUCUAAACAUGCACAGUUAUGCAUGCAAGCACUGUUGAUCAUUUGGGGGAUUUUUUAUUUUUAAUUUUGUUAGUAUAUUAUCAAACAACAAAAACUUUAACCACUAAUGAAUGACCAGAUUUACUCCUCCUACUGCAGUAGGGUUUGACAGUGUCCUCAUCGAGGUUCUUGUAUUAUCAGCACAUAGCAAGUAGGUCGUUUAUAGACCGAUAUGAAGCUCUAUCAAAAGAGUGUUGGGUGAAUGAUGCAGUGUACUGAAGCAUCCUUUAAACUGCCUGUUAAAGUACUUAAUUAUCGCUAUUUUGUUCUGUUUCAUUUUUUUUAAAACGACACGCAUAUCUUUGUUUAAGUUUCCAUAAUCACAUCAGGAUUCAGGGAAACGUCCUGCAAGCAUUUAUCACUGAAGUCAAACGUUACCGUCUCUUAUCGAGAUGGAGAAAAAACAUGUUCUGUUCUGGUGUUUAGAGCUAGUCAACUUUUCCCACCAACAUUGUUUGUCAUGGUGGGUACAUUAUGCAAGCACCACUGAGGCUUAGUCGGAUUUUAGCUUUGUUUUCUUUUCUUUUUUCUUUCAAGGAAGCCACUUGAUGCGUGUGUGCUUUUCUAAAUGUCUUUUUUGGGUUGCAAACAUGCCCUCAUUAUGUUAUGAUGUUACUGAGCGGACUCAUUUGGGUCUGUAUUGUUUGUGUCUGGAGAGCAGAGAAAAUUCAUCUCUCUCUCUCUCUCUCUUGUGUUGGUAUAUAGUUUGGUGCAGUUUAUAAUCAAAUCACUUAUAGUGGCUGUUAGAAACCACAGAAUCUACCUGGUUUCCAGAUUUCCGGGUCAGAUAGUUUAUUAUUUCAUUCCACUUGAUUUAGUUUAUGGAAAGACAGUUUACUUGAUACAAUACAAUACAACUUUAUUAAUCCACAAUGGCAAUUUGAUUUUGGGCAUAAAUAGACAAAAAACAGUGUUGACGUGUGAACACACUUGAGUCUGUUAACUGGGAGAUAAUUGAAGAUUAAACUGCCGUAUUGUUAAAACCAGCAUUAUUCAAAUAGUAAUUGAAGCAUAUUGACUUUUUGGACGAUGCAGAUGUUAAAACCAAUGGUUCAGUAUUAUUGUGCAAAUCUUACUAUUUGUAAGCACUUCAUUUAUAACUGCAAUUGCAACUUUGCAUUCAAAGCAGUGGAGCUUUAAACGACUCGUAAGAUAGACUAGUUGAUUAGUAUUUAUUAUUUGAUUAAACUUAAGUUCUAAGAUCACAAUUAUUGACUUUGGAUUUUCUCUAUUCAGCGGAAUGACAUGUAUAUUUUUUAUUAAUGAGUGAUCAUACUUUUGAUUAACAAUUAAUGGUGAUGAACAUACUGAUCAUGAUUUGUUCUAACUUUCUCUAGAUGUAAAUGCAUUCAGUACUGACAGAUUGUUAACACAUGCAGUACAUUGAGACAUCUGGAUUUUAUGCAUAAUUGUGUUUUAUUAAAGCUUUUUUAUAUUUUAAAAUACAUAAGUAUUUGCUUUAUAACAAUCAGGCUUGACCAAACAAUAU